UACGAUGAUGAGUUGCAAAAGAUAGUUGGGUAUCAACGAGAAAAAAUUGCGCGAAGUAUGUGUUGCGAAUGAUCGACGCCGUGUUUCGACCGUGAUAUGAUCUUCGCCUCAAAGUCGAGCGAAAUUUCGUCGUGGCGCUGUUUCAACAGCUGAUUAACUGGCAAUCUCUGAGCAAAAUUCUCGUUUUCUAGUCACUUCAGUAAUCCACGAUAAACGAUGGCCGGAUUCGUACUGAGAGUUAAAACAAAAUCGGGUCAAAAGGUCGUGAACGGGCUGGUCGCGCAGGACAAGGUAUGCAAAUUGAAAUCGAAGCUCUCCGAUCUAACGGGAAUACCAGGCGAGGCGCUUCACGUUCUCGGUGGCUUUCCACCAAGAGCUAUUGAUCUUAACGAUGAAUCGAGCUCGCUCGACGUGAUCGGUAUCCUCUCCGGGGAUACUUUGAUCGUCGAGGAAAAGCCACCACUGUACAAUGGGAAACAAAAGUCGGAGGAAAUUGGCCGAUCUCAUAUCGUCGACGAGGAGAGCUUCACAAAUACACUUGGUGUAUUGAUGAAAAAAGUCGUACCUGCAGAUAACUCUUGUCUAUUCACCAGCGUUGGUUAUGUGCUUAAUGGUACACAAUGUAAGGUUGACCCUAGUUGUGCAAGCUUCAUGAGAGAGAUUAUAGCAAACGCAGUGGCAGCUGAUCCUGAAGAAUAUUCUGAAGCUUUUCUUGGUCGACCAAAUGCUGAAUAUUGUAAAUGGAUUUUGAAAUCAGAAUCAUGGGGUGGAGCUAUAGAAUUAUCAAUAUUAUCAAAAUUUUAUGGAUUAGAAAUAGCAGUAAUUGACAGUAUAAAUGCUAUAAUCAAUAGAUUUGGAGAAGAUCAACAUUAUGCUCAAAGGGUUUUCCUGAUUUUCGAUGGAAUUCAUUAUGAUCCUUUGUAUUUGGAAUCUCUUGAUGGUGGCAACAUUCAAACAAUCUUUCCUACAGAAGAUGAAAGGAUGCUAUUUGAAGCAGCUGAACUUGCAAGAGAAGUCAAAUCUAGUCGUCAAUUCACAGAUAUUCAAAAGUUCACAUUAAUGUGCAAUGAUUGUAAAGUUAAAUUAAAUGGACAAGUAGAAGCUCAACAACAUGCCAAGGAGACAGGUCACAUGAAUUUCGGCGAAGUGGCCGCGUAGCAAACUAAAUCGAUACCUCGACAAUUUAUGGAUCAUUUUUAAUUGAACUGCUGUUUGAGAAUCCUACUAAAUUCAAGUCUUAAGCAGAAUUUUCUACUUAAAUGAGGCUUGUAAGCGGACUAGCUAUUUCAUAUGGAUACUUUGUUGUUAAUAUAAGAUAUAUGCAGUGCACUAUGAGGAUUGUUUAGACAUAAUAUACACAGAUUGUUAAUUUUGACUAAAGAACAAACUUCUUUUAC